CAACACGGCCGCCGCCCUUCCCAAGAUGGCGCCGCUCCCACUUCCGCCCGUGCGGGGAACCCCGCAGCGGAUAUAGCACCGCCCGUUUCCGGUCCUGCCCCUUUUCGGUCGCUGCCGCCGCACGCCGCCGCCAUGCCUCUGGCCAAGGACCUCCUGCACCCCUCCCCGGAGGAGGAGAAGCGCAAGCACAAGAAGAAGCGCCUGGUGCAGAGCCCCAACUCCUACUUCAUGGACGUCAAGUGCCCAGGCUGCUAUAAAAUCACCACCGUGUUCAGCCACGCGCAGACCGUCGUGCUCUGCGUCGGCUGCUCCACCGUGCUGUGCCAGCCCACGGGCGGCAAGGCGCGUCUCACAGAAGGAUGCUCGUUCCGAAGAAAGCAGCAUUAAAGCCGCGGCGCCGGGAUGGCCGGGGCUGCACACACGGCGGCCGCACGGCACGGAGCCCCGGGGGGCAUCCCGGCAGUGUGAGCUGUGCUGUCCCUGCAGCCCCCCCCAUCUUGCUGUCAAUAAAUUUUGGAUAAAAC